UGCUGUUGAGUCAUUAGGUUUUGUACGUGUUACUGGGAAAUAACCCUCACUAGGUAUUCUUAUAAAAUAUAAACCACAACAACCCAAAACUAUACCACAUAAGUAUACCACAAACAAAUCGUCGAAUGAUGGACACUAAACUUUCCCAACAUCCGAGUCCUGCGUUUGAGAUUGGAAAAAUCUAUAAAGCAAGAGAAAAUGAUAGAAAGAUCAAGUUAAAAUUACCAAAAGCUUCGCUGAAGGAGAUACUUCUCAAAAAAAGGCGAAAGACUUUAGAAUUCUGGCCGAAUGAUUGUAUUCAAGUGUUACGUUUUUAUAAAGAUGGCUGGUACAUUGCGAGUAAUCUAAAUUUACAUCACCUUAAAAGUGGAUUGAUUCAUUCAAAAUAUUUAGAUGUCGCCAGCGAAAUUGACAUCCUGUCAUCUAAACUCAUUAUAACAGACGGGGAAAGUAAGUCACUGUCCACUAAUGAGGAAGAGACGGAAAUCUAUAAUUUAUUGCCUGGUGAUGACGAUCUCGGAUAUAAUACUAUAUCAGACGCUCGACCUAGAGUUAGGCCAAGACCGAAGACAGACGGGCAUAAAUACGAGAAUAUCACUAUUCAAGAAGAAGAUGAAGGUAAUUAUGAAGAUAUUCCCGUGAAACCCAAACAAAGACCAAGAAGCUUUACAAUAGGCUUUGACUACUCUGAUAAAGAUAGAUAUGUGGAACUUAGAGAACAAGAAAGUAUAAGCUCGUCAAAACUGCCCUUACAUCAGCCUGUCGAAGAAAAAAGUGUUCGUGACGGAAGUCAACAAAGCAUCCCUGAUAUUCUAAUAACAUCAGGAGACAUGCCAGAAAUUCUUCCAAAUGUGAAUGAAGAGGAGGAAGUUGAAGACAACAUUACAGAUUUUCCUGUAGAUCCAAUGAAAUACAAGAGAACUAAGAAAACACCUUCAUGGGCGAUGAUUUCACGUGGACAAUCUUUUCAAAGUAUAUCAAGCGAUGAUAGUGUUUCAAUACCACGAAGACCAUCUGGAUCGACAGGCUUCUUGCGUGAUAUGCGAAUGAGAGAUCGGCGACACUUGGCCAAUCAGUUAGAUGGAAAUAGAAAUGUUGAAAAGCUUGGCCAUCUCCUGAAAGAAAAGGUAGGCCUGUCUACAGUUCAAAUCGAAAACUUGGUUCAUGGAGGAUACAGCCCAUGUGAGGAUUUCUUAAAAGUGUACAAAACAAGAAAGCCUUCUUUAAAAACAAAAGCCUUUAAAGAAACGAUGGAGGAGAUGGAGAGAUAUGAUGUCUUGGCAUACAUGAAGGAUAAGUCGUAUCCUCAAUUGUUUUUUGAAACUCCUUAUGAAGAGCAAGAUCAUAUAGCCAUGUUUCUCAAUUGCUCAACGAAUAACUGGCGUACAUUUGCUGGAAGAUGUGGCUAUUCAAGCAAAGAGAUAACGACCAUUGAAUCAAACAAGCCGAAAGAAGAAAAAAGUCCUGCCGAAUAUCUGUUUACUAUUAUCACCCAUCAAUGUCCAUCGUUUACGAUUGAAGACUUAAAAAUUGCUUUAACGCAACUCAAACGGCAAGAUUUAGUUGAGUAUCUAUCACAAUGUUAGAAAACAAAAAAUAAGAAAAUCGUCUUUACCUUUUAUAGACCUUUUUAAAGGUUGUUAAUCAAUGUUAUAAAAUAAAAUAGACAGUGUUGUGGGUUAUAACUAUAACAAAAGCUUCCUCGAAUUAUUGUCUCUAAAUUAGUUUAAAUUUUAAUGAAUUAUCUAGCAGUUUAAUCUUUUUAAUUACACGCUAAUGCUGGAAUAAGCGCUACGAAAAAAACUAUAAUAUAUAGUUAAAGCAGAUGAAUUCCUUUGUUUUCAUUUCAGCGGUAUGCUCAUUGGGCUCUGAUAUCUGCGUGGCAGAAAAAAAGAGGGAGGCGCUAGGUAACACGAACAUAUUUUUAGUUUUUUUCGUCACAUAAAUGAAUUCAAAUAAUUCAGAAGGAACCAAUCUACACUCGAUAAUUGUUUAAAACUUCAAACGAUGUUUUCGUGAGAAAAAAUUCACAGAAGGAUACCACUCCUCAGAAAAUCAUAGCAUCUUCUCUGCCACGCAAAUACCACAGCCAAUGAGCUUACCGCUGAACAUUUAACAAAUAACCUCACGCAGGAAUUCAUCUAUAUGAAUUUUGAAGUAAUAUAAUAUACGAUGAAUAUAAAUAUUUUUGAUUUCUAUUGGAAUUGUAGCAUUGCUGUGAUUACUAACGUCGCAUGUUAGAAAACUUUUUGUAUGUGAAAAUUAUUAAAGUUGUUUGAAA